UGGCGCCCAAAGUAGUUUGUUUUUCGCUAAAAAAAAUUCAGGUCUGCUCUGCUCCGCGGAGUAUUUGUUUCCUCAGCUGCUUUUGUUGGUGGCUCCAAACUAUUUGCCAGCCAGUUUUUAACCCAGUUUUCGAUCAAUUAUAAUAAUAGCAACUAAAACGGUGAUAACUAGUAGAUUGGAGAGGGGUGCGUAACAAGAGAGGACGGAAAUUGAUUCGUUGUGUAAAAUUGGAAAGUGCACGAAAUUGCGAGCGCAUAACGGUAUAUGUAUACACACAAGCAGUACACACACACACAUGGAGACAGCGCUUUUUGUUUGAUGUCCCACUUGGCGGAUUAAAGACAAAUAGUGCGAAGGGGAGGUCGCAGAGGAGAAGGACGAAGACAAGGUGCCAUGACCACGCGGGAGAAUGUGGUCACCAGUCGCCUGUCCAAGCUGAUGCUCAGCAGCGGAAGCGGAAAUGGCAGCAAUAACCAGGUGCCUCCAACAUCCGCCCAGCUGCAAUCGCCCGUUUCACCCGGGGAGCAGUCGCAGUCCCAAUCUGAGUUGAAUCAACUGAAAAGGGAUGCGGAUCCGCAGUUUUCGCGAUUCGCCGACUAUUUUGUGAUAUGUGGACUGGAUUUAGAUACAGGCCUCGAGCCCGAUCGGUUUGCGGGAGACAACCUGCACUGUUCCCCGCUGGACCGUGCUUACAAAAGCAAACCACUUGCCCAUUAUCCCGAGAAUGUACCCUGGAAUCCCUUCGAUGCCCACGGCGUUUGCAUGCUCUCCCUGCCGCAAGGCCUGCGCUUUCGCACCCAGAAGCAUAACAUUGAGCCCAGAUUCCAUUCGUUUGCCACCACGCGGGAAGAUGGAAAGCGGUGCUACGGAUUCAGCCUGGUCUUCUAUGAGGAAAUCCGCAAUAGGAACAUUUGCGGAGCCAUUCACACGCUUCAAAGCAUGUUUAUCACGGAACUGUCGAACGGUCAGCAGACGCACUCGCUUAGUCGGGUGAAGCAGGAUGGUCCGGUUAGCCGUUCGCUGCCCAGACACUUCAAGGUGGCCGGACAGGCGCCGCAGUCUGCACAAAGCUAUUACGACAUCAACAAGGACAAGCUGUACGUAGCCAAAAGCAUCACGCUUAUUUGUCAGGCUCCCUACGCCUUUGCAGCUCAGAUGUUUCUUAAGAAUCUGUACAGAUGUCUUCCUCGACAGCCUGGGGCUGGUAUAAGUUUGGAGUCCUACGUUUACAACAUACUGUACGAGGUGAUGCUGCCGCAACCCGGCAAGUCGAUUCGCGUUUACUUGCCGCCAACAGAGCCCCAUCUACCCGCUAUUGCCCUGAUCCUUCAGCGACCUCUUUUGGCAACUGAAUUGCCUCUUCUGGAUUUUCCGCUGCGCCUGCUUUUCAAGUACCUGGGCGUGGAGUGUGUUAUACAGCUUUUAACGUGCGUCCUUCUAGAAAAUCAAGUCUUACUGCGUUCCACAGACUACCAAAGACUUAUGAUCGUAGGCGAAUGCAUUACUUCCCUGCUGUUUCCGUUCGUGUGGCCUCAUGUUUACGCUCCAAUCUUGCCUGCCGCCUUGCAUCAUUUCCUGGAUGCGCCGGUGCCCUUUGUAAUGGGCCUGCACGCCGAAUGCGAGGCAGCUCACAAAAUUGGCAGCGAGGCAACACUCUGCUUUGUGGACAUCGAUAAAAAGCACAUCCAGCUUCCCGAAGAGCUUCCAGUCUUCCCACAUAAGAUGGAUUUAAUGGCAGAAAUUGUCUCGGUGCUCGACAAGUUUGAAAUUGAGAGAGAUCGAGACCAGGAACCCAGUUUCCGGAAUGGCUAUGUCGGUAGGGGAUCCGGAGGAGGUUCUGGCGGUACUGGAAGUGGCGGAGCUGGCGGAGUGGAUGCCAUGAUUUCCAGCUGCACGCUGCCCACCGGACUGCAAGCUGCACGCCGUAGUAAGGAGCGAUUUCAGCAGCUGCAAGAGACGGUCUAUACGUUGUCGGGAUCGCCAGGUGGUGGUGCCGUGGAUUAUCAGCCGCUGAUAGCGCAUCCCUCGCGAAUAGAUCACGUCCCGCGAAUCGCUGAUUUUUUGCGUAGGAAGGGAGGCAUUCGGGGAGCUGGCUCUCCGGUGGGUAGUCCCACCGUUUCGCUUUCUUCCUCGCCGGUUGGCAUCUAUCAGGACAUUGAUGCAGUGGACGCCACCAUGCCAGUCAGUAGCCGCCGCACAGAAAAACAAAAGCUGAGCCCAGUGGAGCAGUACUACCAGGACCUGCGCAUCAACAACUCGGUGCGAGAGAUUUUCCUCAAUCGAUUCGUGCACAUGUUCCACGCCUACGAAAACUUUGUAAUAUAUCCUAACCAGGCCCGAGACGAGUGGCUCUCGAAUCGCGAAACGCUGCAGAACUUCGACAAGUCCUCGUUUCUGUCCGACCAGCCGGAGCACCAUCGCGCCUUCCUCUCGCGCUUCCUUGAAUCUCAAAUGUUCGCCACACUGAUCGACAACAAGAUCCUGGCAAUGUGGGAAUCGCAACCGGAUGAGCAGCUUCAGCUUUUCGACCAGCGUAUAAAACUUCUGAGGCGACGUCACGGAGAAAAUAUGAUCGCCGCCGCCAGCUACGAGCCUUGCGUGCUCAGCCAGGACUCGCAGCAGGGCUUCGAGAAGCGGCUCAACUGCAUCGACAUCGAGGUGACACCGCCCAGCGAGAUCCUGGCCAACAGGGCGGCCUACUUUCGCAGUUUUCCGCUGCUCGAGAAGGGCGUGCUCAACCAGGAGUGUGCCUCGAGAGGUAACAGCCUGCGGCGGGUGAAGAACGGCAACAAGUGGCGGGCCAGGGAAAUCUCGUUGGACCAGAAGCCCAACAGCAAUGCCAUUAACCGACUUUCGGCGAACCUGACCACGGCAGAUGUAAGUCCAGCUUUGAUAGCCCAGGCAAACUGGACGUUCGUUGAGCGAUUGCUAAAGGACAUCAAGUCGAAGACCAAGCGCAUGUUGCUCGAGAAAAUGGGCAACGAGGCAGUGGCCCUGGGCCUUAAGGGCGAUGGCCUCGAGGAAAACACCCUAAUAGCCAGCAUGUGCGAUCUGCUGGAGAAGAUCUGGUCGCAUGGUUUGCAAAACAAGCAGGGCAAGUCCGCCCUGUGGGCCCAUCUGCAGGCUUAUCUCGAGAUGCAGGAGGCCCGGGGAGCAGGCGACAGUUCUGGAGCGGAUCAAACGCCGCCGGUGUCCAGCAGUCCUGGCAGCAAGAUGAACAUUGCCACAGCCUCGCCGGCACUGGCUUGGAACGCAAUGCGGAAACGCAUGGAUUAUCUCUCCACAUUCCAAACGGACUUUGACAGUCCACCAAGUCCAAAUCGCAGUCGUUCGCGGGAUCGCAAUAAAUUCGUGGGCCUGGAGCAACUAUGUCCACUUCCAGAGUCCCUGGAGUUCGAUGUGAAAAACGUGCUAGCCAUGGCGGAUAUCAAGACCCACAUUGGCUAUACCCGCGCCUGGGUGCGUCUAUCCCUCGAAAAAAAGCUGCUAUCCAGACAUUUUCGUACCCUGCUGUCCGACGAAGCUCUGCUCCGUUCGCUGUACAAACGGUCGGCCUUUCUACGAUGUGAAGAGGAGAAGGAACAGUUUCUCUACCACCUGCUUACCCUAAACACGGUGGACUACUUCAGCUUCACCAACAUCUACCCCACAACGAAGCUGCCCUACCGCGUUGUGAUCUUUCCCUCCCGCAAAUACGGCUCCUAUCAUACCUCCAGCAACGUGUGGAUCAUGGUCUCGGGCACAAUGAACGAGACACAGCGGGUGCCGGUACCAAAGGGAUCCCUGGAGUUCAUUUUUCAUUACAAGAACCUUGGCCUACUGACAACCAUGCGCAUUGGACACGACAACUCCGGACCCAGCCACAAGUGGCUAGUGGAGCAGGUGGUGAUGCGCAAUGAGGUCACCGGCCACACCUACAAAUUCCCAUGUGGCCGCUGGUUGGGUCGCGGCGUAGAUGACGAUUCCACGGAGCGCCUGCUGGUGGGCCAACGUGUGUCGAUGAGCGUCAAAAAUGCUGAGCUGGUCCCCGGCUCGGAUACACGCACUCCCCCAAGGACACGAAGUCCCAGCGUGCAGCGUCAGGAGUCACUGGCGCCCUCGGAAAUUCAGCACCAGCUUGGCAACUGUGUCAACGUGCUGGUCAAGUGGCACUACAAACCCAGCCGAGAUCGCGAUGUUGGCACGCUGACCAACCUGUUGUGCGGGGAUGAUGGACUGGUCAAGUGUCUGGAGCAGGUCUUCCUUUGCGGAUUCCGAUCAUCGCGAUUUUUCGGAAGAAAUCUAUACCUCUGGGACUAUUUCAGCAAAAUCAAGGAGCUGUUCGAGCAAAAUCUUCAACUAGAGCUGGAGGACUCGGCAUCUAGCUUGGACUCCUCCUUCAGCAACGGAAGCGGAGGCGGAGGAAGCAGCCUACAGCGUCGUGAGAUCUCCACCAUUUGGCGGCUGUAUGUCCAGCUAAUGGACGAGAUCAACGGGACAGCCCUCGGCAAGGAUGGGAAGUUCCAGCUGCUAAUCUGCCUGAGUCUGAGAGAGCACCUGCUGACACGACUUAUUAAGCCAAUGGCCCUGACCAAAGUGACCCACGAAAUGUACGAGGAGGAGAGCUUUCUGCGGCGACGCAACCUUCUCACGUUUCUAAUCCAAAUCUUGGAGCCGCUGGACGACUGCCAUAUCGUGCUGGAGAACUCAAUCACACAGGGCAUCCGCAUACCGUCCCAGUGCUGAGGGACGGAUGAUUAAAAACUGCAAUACUCAUACCACAUCUCACCCACGGACAUUUGCAACCAGUGACCUAGAGAAUACUCAUAUACAUAUGCUCUUAAGGAAUCUCGGAACUCUAGAAUUCGUUGUUAGCUUUUAAAAGGAAGCGGAUUAACUUUUGCCCCUGAUUACACCUAAUUCUAAUUCUAAUCCCAAGCCUAGCCACUUGCCAUUCGACUCGAAUGCUUGCCAAGAAACCAAGUCAAACGCUAUACGUUUUUAUUGGGGGAUGGAUGCAGAUCCCGAAACAAUGAAGCCAAAGUUGAACAAAAUUCCUUGUCAUCGACGCAAUCGAAUUUUAAAGACAUUUACUGUGCAAUUAAGACGUUUACUAUAAAGAAUUCUAAAAUGUUGUUCAAAAAUCUACAUAUAUAUAUGAAACGUAUGCGUGUGUGUAGCUAGUAGAUAAGUUCCCAACCCGAAACCAAAUCCACUUAACUCUCCUGAGUUCCAAUUUCAAUGGUAGCUUUUAUUUAGUUAAUUUACCAAAGAAUCUUUGAUUUUUAUUACCGCCAAUAUAUACGGCGAAUAUUUUGUACAUUUCUAUAUUUUUGGAGUUUUAAGAGUGAGCGAAAUGAGAUUUACCCAAAGGUGUUUACGUUAUAUUCAAGCUUUAUUUUUACAACACUAUUUUUUAGCCAAAAAUCUUUGCAGAUAAUACUAUAAGACACUGAAAGUCAAUAAAUAUGUAAAAGACAUUACAAAA